CUUUGCUUCUAGGAUUCUGUUUUCAGUCUUAUUCCGGACCUUGGUACGAGUCGCCCGACCCAUCGGCAGAACGAUUGACGGCUGUUAUCGACUCCUGUGUCCUUCAUUAUUCAACUAAACAUCUCAAGGUGUUCGAGAACCACUUCUUUUGCGCUCUUUCAACAUCUAUACUUCCUCCAGAAGGGAACCAGAAAUAUGGCAUCUUCACAAGAUCCUCACCAUCCUGAGGAUGAGGCAUACAUUGGCGCAGACGAGGCCGAGGAGGUUUUUAAUCGCGAUGAAGAUCACCCAAUGGAAUCAGAUGGAGAGGACGACGACCAGGCCAUGAACAUUGAUGAACAAGAAGAAAUUACCUUCCAAAACGACUCCUCUGCUCAUUUUGAUCUCCAUAAUAACUCUGUGUUCUGUAUUUCCCAACACCCAGUCCACAAUGCCAUAGUCGUAUCUGGUUCUGGCGACGACACCUCAUAUAUUUUCGAUUCGACGCCCUCAAAUGAUCGCCCGCUGCUACCGCGGAGCUACGAGUCGAAUCCCCAGCAGACCGCCGAGCGGAAGUCUCUGCAGCCCAUUGUCAAGAUGGGGGGGCACACGGAUACGGUUAAUGCGGUGGCAUUUACGGAGCCAAAGGGCGAGUACGUGGUUACGGCUGGUUUGGAUGGGAAAUUGCGUGUAUGGCGCGACACAACUCCGCAGCUGACGGGGCUCUCAUGGGAAUUCGUUGCCGAAACGCAGGAAGUCGAGGAGAUUAACUGGGUGGCUGCGUGUCCGUGUGCAAAGGGAGAAGAAGCAGAGAAGAGCAACAUCAUUGCUUUUGGGGGUAAUGAUGGUAGUGCUUGGGUUUUGAAAAUUGAUCAUACCGAUACCGCGCAGCCGGUAUCUAUUAUCCAGUCUUUCUUCCAACAUACCAUGUCCUGUACUGCAGGUGCCUGGACUCCGGACGGUAAUCUCCUAGCCACCGUCUCUGAGGAUGCGAGUUUCUACGUCUACGACGUAUUCGGUGCGGCGGCCGCGGCAGGGAUCUCUUAUUCAGCAGGUACCAGUGCCGUUGUGGGAUUGACACCGGCGGAUCAGCGAUUUGCUGUCGACGGCGGCUUGUACUCUGUCGCUAUUGCACCGAAUGGUUCUCUCGCUGCGGUAGGUGGCGCAGAGGGCUACAUUAAAGUCGUCGGCCUGCCCCGUCUCCCGUCUUCUAGUGGUAGUACUGCGCCAUCAUCCACCAAGGCAAAGGCUGGUAAAUCAUCCGCUUCGCAGUUUGCAGCUGGCGGUGCCUCGGCAGCAGGAACCAUCCUUGCCUCCCUUCAAGCCCAGUCAGACGGCAUUGAGACUCUAUCCUUCUCUUCUCCGCCUUUGACACUUCUCGCUUCCGGCUCCGUUGAUGGAUCAAUAGCCCUGUUUGACACAGCACAUCGCUUCGCCGUUCGUAGACAUAUCAAGGACGCUCACGAAGGCAGCGCCGUCGUGAAAGUUGAGUUCCUACAAAUCCCUCACUCCACUUCUCCUUCCGCACGUCCAGGUAUCGUGCCCCGUGGUCCGGUACCUCGUACACCUGCUGCAGCCCCAAGUCAGGGACGCUCCUGGCUUCUCACCUCCGUCGGUAUGGACGGUGUUGUGAGACGCUGGGAUGCUCGCGGAGGAACCGCGGCUGCGGCCCAGGGACUGCUCAAGGAGUGGAGAGGCCACUUGGGCGUUUCUGAAAAUGCGGAGGGAGAGCAGUCUGGUGGUAUCAUGGGGUUCGUGCAGGGACUUGAAGGGAAGAGGAUAGUUACUGCUGGUGAUGAUGGGGUUGUGUUCGUUUUCGAAGAGUGAUAUGCUGUCUUUUUUUUUUUUUUUUUUUUUUUUUCGCUGUCCAUUCUGUAUGUUGGAUUUCAAUAUAGACCACUUCAUAUGGCCGUUCUAUGAUGAUGAGAUGCUGCACUUGUCUUUUCAAAAGUUGGUUGAUAUAUAUAUUUUAGCUAGAUAAUCUUGAGGUCGAUGUCAUUUACAUCAACUUGUAUGUUC